UGAAAAAGUUCAUGGACUACAUUGCAAGUGGAUCAAUAGAUAAGAUGUCAAAAGUCCUGGAAAAAGGUCUCGACCCAAACUACCAUGACCCUGACAACGGAGAAUCCCCACUGUCUGUGGCGGUGCAGUCUGGAAUGACAGUGGAGGGGAUCAGGGUGCUCGUUCAGGGUGGGGCCCAUGUGGACUUUAGAACCAGAGAUGGACUGACAGCUGUACACAAGGCUGUCAGGGUACACAAUCACGUUGCACUGCUGGCUCUUCUGUCCCUGGGAGCAUCUCCUAACUAUAAAGACCGAUGUAGCCUGACCCCGCUGUACCACUCAGUGCUGAUAGGUGGCGACACCUCCUGCUGCGAGACCCUACUUUAUUACAGGGCCAGACUGGGAGUGAGGGAUGAGAAUGGCUGGGAGGAGUCUCACCAGCUCAGGGAUGAAGAGGAAUUUGGAAUGCAAGAAAUACACAAGGCCUGCCAGAAUGGUUUUGCCCAGCACUUGGAGCACCUUCUGUUCUAUGGGGCAGAUACCACUUCUCAGAAUGCCUCAGGGAACACUGCACUUCAUAUAUGUGCCCUGUAUAAUAAGGAAAGCUGUGUUCGUGUUCUGCUCUACAGAGGGGCCAAUAAGGAAAUUAAGAACAAGCAUGGACAAACCCCCUUUCAGGUAGCAGUAAUGUCGGGCCAUUUUGAACUUGGGGAAAUCCUCAAAAACCACAGAGAUGCAGAUGUAGUGCCCUUUCUGGAAUCCCCAAAGUAUGCUCUCAAAAGAGGAGAGAGUGCACGCACGCUCCCUCUCCUCAUGGCUCACCCCUACCCCCUCCUGCGUGCUAACAGUGAUAACAGCAUGACCCUGCCUGACCCUAUGGCCCUAUCCAACAAGGCUGCUGGAGCCAAUCCCAUCCCUAGACAGGGUCGCAGGGCCUCUGUGGGUGUGAGGAGCUCCAGCAGUCCCAGGGCCCGUACCCGCUCCCCGUCGCGAGGAGGAGGGCAGAGCGACACAGAGGAGAGGCAUCAAAGCAAACCACAGCGCGGCAGACAGGGUGCGACAUCAGCGGGUAGUGGCGGGUGGUCAGCUGGGGGUCAGAUGAGGCAUAUGUACAGUGCGGUCCCAGGGCGAGUGUACAUGGCCAUGAGGGCCUACACUGCCCAUGGAGAGAAAGAGCUCAGCAUCAGCAAAGGAGACAAAGUCAAAGUGUUGAGUGUUGGAGAGGGGGGGUUCUGGGAGGGCACAGUGAAAGGUCGUACAGGCUGGUUCCCCUCAGAUUGUGUGGAGGAGGUGGGUGCUCCCAGUAAGGACAAUCGAUCAGAGACGCGCAGUGAGAAAGCCAAGAGGAAGCUGUUUCGUAAUGUCACCAUGGGAGCAUAUGAUGGCGUGGAUGGCCCCAGUGACUACAUCAUUAAGGAGAAGACAGUGCUCCUGCAGAAGAAAGACAAUGAGGGCUUUGGCUUUGUGCUUCGGGGAGCCAAAGCCCAGACUCCUAUAGAGGAGUUCACGCCGACCCCAGCAUUCCCCGCGCUGCAGUACCUGGAGUCUGUGGAUGAGGGCGGUGUGGCCUGGAGGGCUGGCCUAAGGAUGGGGGACUUCCUUAUUGAGGUCAAUGGUCACAAUGUCGUGAAGGUGGGCCACAGGCAGGUGGUCAACAUGAUCAGACAAGGUGGCAACACUCUGAUGGUCAAGGUUGUCAUGGUGGCCCGCAACCCGGAGAUGGAGGAGACCAACCCCAGGAAGAAAGUCCCCCAGCAGGCUAAGAGGCUGACUCCUCCUGCCAUUGCCCUGCGCUCCAAAUCAAUGACAUUAGAGCUGGAAGACAUGGUGGAGAAAGCUGCCUCUCCAUGGAAAAAGAAAGCAGAGUACGAGUCCUCCCAGGUGCCUGAUAAGAAGAGGACAGUCUAUCAAAUGGCACUAAAUAAACUGGAUGAGAUCCUGGCAGCAGCUCAGCACACGAUUGCGUCAGACGGACAGGGGCAGCGGGGUCACGGGGGGAAAAGAGAACGAACCAAGAGCAUCGCCCCCAAUGAGCCAAGUCAUGACCAGUUGGUCGGUGUAAUGCCGCCUGGGUUUGGCUACAACCAGGGUCAGUAUCCCCCCGGCCAUCCGCAUGGAGUAAUGCUACGACAGAAAUCUAUUGGUGUGACGGAGGAGGAGAGGCAGGCCCUCCACACCCCGGCUAUGAAACUGGCCCGUAGCCUGUCGGAGGACAUCCCCCCUCCCCCAGCACAUCUGCCCCAGAACCCCCCUUGUCUGCUGGACCCCACACUGCUCGGAGGGGGGAGCAGUCUGCCCCCCAGCCACUGUCCUCCCAGGCCCACUACCAGGCCCUCUCCACCCAGCAACAAGCAGCGCACGAUGCCCAGGCAGGUUGGGACAAUCAACAGCACGGCAUCCACUACCCUCCAGAGAGGAGGAGGACAAUACACAGGGGAGCCCACGGAGGGGACGAGGAGAGGCGGGGGCAAAAUGGGGGCAUUGAGGAGGGGCUACAGUAGUGCUACUCCACCUACAAGCGCAGCUCCCAAAACUCAACAGCAACCCCAGCAGCAACAGCAACAGCAGCCCCAGCAACAGCAAGUGGCGGCCCGGGAGAGGAUCGGAGGGGCAAGCAGGGGCGGGGGAGUCAGGAAGGGCGGGAGGGGCCCUCUAGUGAAGCAGCCCACAGUGGAAGGCGGGCUCAGCAGGCACCACAGAGGGGGGCAAGGCCAGGGGGGUAAAAUCUCAGGGGCCAAAGAGAAGAGCUCCAUCCCCAUCCCCACCAUCAUCGUCAAGGCUCCAUCCACCAGCAGUGGCAGUGGCCGCAGCAGCCAGGGCAGCAGCAUGGACGCCGAGCAACCGCCUCCCGACAUAGACAACCCUACCUCCCCCCCUGCAUCUCCCGACACCCCCACCACCCCCGGCCCACGCUCCACCAUGGCCGCCUCACCAUCCCAGCCCCCUGUCUCCUCCCCCAUGACCCCUUCGACUGUCGCCCCCCAGCUGCCCCCUAACCUGGAGAACCUGGACUUCACCACCCAGUUCGAGGGGGCCUUCGUCGGGGCAGCGCGCCGUGACCGGGAACGUUUCCGUGACAUGAGGAGGAAGAGUGCUUCCUUCUUCCUCUCCUCUGAAGAGGAUGUCCAAGGGGAGGCGGGGGGAGGUGGAGGGGUAUGGACCCAGCCCCUACAGGGGAUAGGGAUUGAUGUCCCCAACCCCCGCCUCCGCCCCUCCAAGUCCAUUGACGAGGGCAUGUUCUCUAGGGACAAUUACAUCCACUAUGCCAGCAGUAUGCCCCCUGCCUUUGGGCUGCCUGAGUACCACUCCCCUGUGAUGGGCCAGGAUGGCCAGCCCAAGUCCGCUCCCUCCAACUACGGCCCAGGCUCUUCAGCCACCACCUUCAUCCACCCUCUGACUGGGAAAGUCCUGGACCCCUCGUCCCCCCUGGGCCUGGCGCUGGCUGCACGAGAGAGGGCCCUCAAGGACGACCGGAGGACCCGACGGGAGGAGCGGCACUUUGGCCGGCAGAUGUCCAGCGUGGGGGUGUUCCCUACAUCUCUACCAUCUCCCACGCCAUCCCUGUUCUCCACAUCCACCACCACCACCUCACACGCCUCCCUAAACCGCCCACAGUCACCCAGGAUAUUACGCUUGGGAGGGGGAGGAGAGAGAGUGGAGAGGGACCAGGCGGCUGGAGCCAGAGAGGGCCUCAGAGUUCGCUUUUCAGAGGACAGAACCAAUCAGUACCAGACCCAAUAUUACCAACAGAGUUCUAGAGACAGGGAGCCACCUGGCCCGCCCAUGCAGCCGCCCGGCCUGCCGCCUCAGCCUGCACCCCGCAGACCCUCGUUCCUGCAGAUGGAGAGCAGUGCAAACGCUAGCUACAUCCCCCAGUACACCCUCACCGCAGCCCCAGCACACCCACAUGAAGGUGGGGGAGAGGGAGGAGUUGGAGGGGGACUGGGGCUCAUGGUUCUUCCCCCGCCUGCACCCUCGAUCGAUUUGGAUGAUGAGUUUGUCUUUGUUGACCCCCUGCCCCCUCCCUUGCAGUUCGCCAACGGCCAAGGCCAGCGAGAAAUGCAGACGGGAUACCCUCAACAGCAUCAACACUCAGCUCAACACGUCUCUUCCGCCAUGCCACCCCCACCGCCCCCCCUCCCCUCUCCUAAAGUACCUCCACCAGGAGGCUUCCCCUCCAACGCCCCCCUCCCCUCCCCCCAGGCCGGGGACUCUGCCGCCUCCAGCCUCACAUCCUACGACAGCGAGGUGGCCAACCUCACCCAGUCAGGUCUAUCUCCCUCCCUCCCCUCGCCCCAGAUAUUCCCCCCUUCCUCCACCACUACAGCCGCAUCCAUUUUACCUGCAACCGCACCCGCACUCCACAGACCCCAGCCCAUGUCACAUACACACCCCUUCUUCAGUGACCCCACCCUACCAGUUAACCCCGCUAAUAUGGGUUCCCCUGCUCCCCAAAUGACCUUAGCACGGUACCGCGGCCCAGCCACCCUCACUACAACUAUGACCUACGCCACAACAAUGACCAUGACCGCCGCCGCCACUGCUACCACAGCCUCUGCGGUGUCGUCAGACUACAACGUGUCUCUGAAAGCCCCCAGAACCGCCAUCAACACUGCAGGCAAGGCAGGAGACCACCACCCCUCCAUGAUGAAGACUGGAGACUGGCAGACAGAGACGGUGGUGGACUCUGGGAUCGAGGAGCUGGACAGCCACAGCAGCGGCGACCAGCACCUGGAAAUAUUGGGAGUGAGUGAACUGACGGGUGAGAGAGGAGGAGGAGUGGAAGGGGACGGAUGGGGUGGCGAGCACUCAGAUCCUUAUAUGACAUACUCAGGCGGGCAAGCAUUUGAAGCACACCACGCCAAACACACGACCAAACCCACCGUGUAUCCAAAGACGAUGCAGUACAAAGAGGGCGGUAUCAAGGACACAAGGGAAGCGUUGCGUCGACAGGUGAGCACCAACCCGCCCUAUCAGAGCACCCCACCACACCCCCAGAGACAGGCUAACCCAGAGGAGGAGGCCAGGAGAGGAGAGGGAGGAGCAGCGGACGAGAGGAAACAACGUAGACAGAGUCGACCCAAGAUGGAGGACGGCUUCGGUUCCACCCUGGCUGCCUGUCUGGAGCGGCCCAACACCCUGGAGCCAAGGGGGUCAACCGAGGGGGUCAACCCGGGACAGGGCCUGGAGCGAGGAGAGGCCCAGAGGGACGGGAUGUCUAUUGAGGGGCGAAGGCUGCACUCGCCGCUCUCGGGGGUGAAGGCCAGCAUCAUCAACGAGCUGAGCUCCAAGCUGCAGCAGAUGAGCAAUAAGAGCACAGACGACUGGGGUCAGUCUGAGAUGCGAGGUCAGAGCCCCAUUAGUCUGAGGUCGCCCACAAAGCACAGAUAUUCUGGGGAUUUCUCCGCCUCGUUUCAGAGCCCCCCCACAGCCCGCUCCACUUCCCCCUUACCCACCUCCUCCCCGCAGCAUCACCCGCCAAUCCUCACCCCCAAUCUAACCGCCACCCCCUCCGGCUCGCCCUCCCACCAGCCCACGCUGCAGCCCAACUGGACCCGCUCCCCCUCUCCCCAGAUACCCACUUCCCCCUCUCACUUCUCCCACCCUCCUCUCUCCCCCACCUACUCACCCUAUCCCACGUCACCCAAACAUCGCACUAAGUAUCGUGGAGCCAAGAUUUUUGACUUCCAGUGUACCCCUGGUCCAGAGCUGAGGUCGUCUGUGUCCCGCCGGCGCGCCCCCAGCCCCCUCAUAUACUCCACAGACUGCCCCAGCCCCGCCCCUCCCAGACCCUCCUCCCUCCCCAUCCUCCCCAGCACCCAUAUCUACAACACCCCCUUUGAUUUCCUCAAUCCCCUCACCCCUUCAUCCCCAGGCCACACCCUAGGAGAUGCUUACAACCCCUCCACCCCGCCUCUCUUCCCCACAUCCCCACAACCUCCCAGUGCCCUCCUGGUCUCCCGCUCCCUUUCACCCACCCAGUUCCUCUCCGGCGCCUCCUCGCCCUCCAUGCACCUGCCCCCCUCUCCGUCCUGCCUCAGCUACCCCCACCACACCCCUCCUCCCCCAGCCAAACCCUUUACCAUCAAGCCCCUGUCCUACUGGACUAAGUGGGACGUGGCCGACUGGCUGGCCUACCUAAACCUGGGGGAGCACCGGGAGCGCUUUCUGGACAACGAGAUUGACGGCUCCCACCUGCCCUCCCUCACCAAGGACGACUUCCUGGACCUGGGGGUGACGCGCGUCGGCCACCGCAUGAACAUCGAAAGAGCGCUGAAGACACUAACUGACAGGUGAGGAAGGAGCGGCAUGGACAGAGUCAACGCACAGACAGAGGCUACAUGUCAGCCAUGUGGCGAGUGGAAAUAAAGAGAUAGAAAAAGAAGGAACAGAUGGAGAAGGAAAGACAAGUGCCUCUUUCCUUCCCUGCAAGCCAGAUGAUUCCAUCCCCUUCCCUUUUAGUCAUAAAGCAUUUUUCCUUUGUUCAUUUGAUAAGUUAUUCCAUCUCUCUCUCUCUCGCUCUCUCUCUCUCUCAUAUUUAAUUUACUACAUUCACUCAUUCAUUUUCCAUUCAUUCUUAUUUCUGGAUUUACCCUCCUCCCUCUUUCCUCAGGCUCUUCUCUCCCAUGCAUGAGCCUAGCCCCUCCCCUGUGCCACAGACUGAGAGAGUGAAAGAUGAGGUGACUCAGAGCUCAGAGAAAGACAGAGAAACAAACUGACUGAGAUGAAAGCUAAAGAAGAGCAUCGGACACAAACAGACUGAGUUGGACCUCAGACGGGAAGCGAUCGUGAUGGACAAGGCUUAAUCACGCCAAGAGAGAUUUGGUAUGAGUGGAAUACAAUUGUUUGGAAUCUUUCUUGAGAUGAACAUUGAUUGUACGUGUUGGUCAAAAGAGGGUAGAAACACUUACGACACACAAUCAUGUCUAAAACUAUACAAUUUACACACACUGUACAACUACUGAUGAAUAGGCUUUUAAUUAACACAUGGACACACACAUAUUUGACUGGUGAUUCUCACACUCCAUUUGCUGCCUGAGUUACAGUAAAAGGAGAAAUGCUAACAAGAAUCUUGAGAUUGGAAUGCUGCUACCCAUACAGAGAGGGUAAGCCCAUGGAUAUACUAAAGGUGGUGGUGAAGUUCCUCUAAUAAACAGUAAGGGCCA